GCCACUCCACAGAACCAAGCAAGCACUUUCAUCGCUAUGGCUGAAAGGGAGCACAACCUUCCAAAAGAGUAUUCUGGAAUCUUCUAAAGCAAUGUGAUCCUGUAGGACUUGUUCUAAAAAUAUCCACCGUCGGGAAUACAUGGACUUGCUCUGACUGUCUAAUUGGCCAAAGAUUAUGCUUUCUUCUUCUUCUCUAAUUGGACUUGUUUAAGGAUGCGCAAAACAUAUUCCAAAAAUUGUGUUUGCAAUUUAAAGGUAAUUCCUGAAUUCCUUGAUUAACCAUCCCUUGUUAGAGGGCUUUCUUGAAAAUGUCUUUGUGUUUAACAGUUUUAGCAGUUUCACAUGCUGCUCAAGGUUCCUUGAAUAUCUAAGGAGUCAUUUUGAAUCUGAGUUACUAUCAACAAGCUGGCAUUGGCGAAGACUUAAUUGGACUUCCAGUGUCUUCCUUUGGGAAUGCAUUUCCAAGUUACUGAAAGUGACGUGUGAAACUUUUCAAGUGAGUCAGAAAGUCUAAGUUUAGCAUAAAGCCAAACUGUUAUUCCAAUAAACUAUUCUUUUCAUUUACAAAAAAAAGUUUGACACCACUCCGAAUAGCCAUGCGAAAGGCCGAGGUGCAGAUGACCCUCAAGAAGGGUGCUGAAGGUGUAUCUGGAGGAAUUGCACCUCCAAGCCCAAGGAUACCCUCUAAACGGGCUAAAGUCAACUCUGACCAGAUGGUGCCUGACCCAAGCUCCAUAUAUCCCACUCAAACACCACCUGUCUUCAUCCGAAAAAUGAGGAACGCAGCCGUUGGUACCGGCUGCGACAUCCGUCUGAAGGUAGCUGUGGCAGGUGAUCCACAGCCAUCUCUCUACUGGUACCACAAUGAUGACCUGCUCAGCAUGGAUAACCAGGAGUAUGGGGGACUGUGGAUACGAGACUGCAAGCCAACUGAUGCAGGCCUCUACACCUGUAUUGCUACUAAUUACCUUGGGGAAGCCAGGAGCAGCGCUGUCCUUGCAGUCUUGGACCUGGGAGAAGACUCUGAAACCACGGAGGACGAAGCAGCCGAGCCUCAGAUGGAGACCAAAGACGGAGGCAGAGGCGAUCCAGAUGAGACCUCCCAACGGUUCCCUGCAGGUGAGCGGAUGAUGGAUGUUGCAUCGGGUACGAGUGGUCAUGGUGAGAACACGGUGGUGGAGAGAGAGAUGCAGUCCCUGGGAUCAAGAGCAGCGGGGCCACAGGCCGCCAGGAGCCAGUCCGAGGAGGUUUUGAGGGAUUCUCCCCCACAAGUUCUCCCUCCCCCUUCCCCUAAAAUAAUCAGUUCAUCCACCUCUCCCAUGCUCGUCUGUUCAGGCCCCCCAACGCCCCUGACCCCACGCAAGAAAGUCAUUGUGCCAAAUGAGUACCAAGACACAGUGCCCGGGGAGUUUGAGGAGAAGAUAAAGCAACCCAAGUCUUCAGGCAUGUCCCAGAGUAGUGCGCAGGACUCUCGACCCCAGACCCCUGUCAGUGAAUACUCUCGGAAGGACUUGACCCCCCGUCCCUCUCCUAAACUAACACGGCCAAGUUCCAAGAUCUUCGAAAGGGUGAGACUUUUUGAAGAGCGCAGAAGAAGCAUUGACAAUCCUGAAGGGUCAGUUUCUGGACGCUCUUGGGCAGGAUUUAACAGGGCUUCUUCAAUUGACUCUGAUGAUGGAGGUAGUCGUCUAGGGAUCUCAAGAGAAAGUUCCAAGGAGGACCUCCAUGAAGCUUUGAAAGCAGAUGCAGAGCAGAGAAGAUCUGUGUUCAGGCAGAGAGCUGCUUCUCUGGAGGACAGACCGCGCUACUCCCAGAAAGUGCAAGACAUUGAGCAUAAGUUCACAGAGGAGCUCCAGCGAAUCAAGAAGCUCGUGGGAAAACCACAUAUGAAGAAGUCCUUCUCUACUGAACAACUUUCCACUUUUCACAGGGGCAGGCAGCCCAUGAAAAAACUAGAGCCUAUCCCACCUCAAGUGCUUCAAAAACUACAGGACCGGGAGCGUGCUCAGCAGGAGGAAGAGAGCAGGAUAAAAGAGCAAGCCAAAGACAAAUCACAACAGGUGCAAACACGGCAGGUUCAGCAACACGAAUCAUUGUUUCAGGAUCAGGGUAUGCAAGAACGGUCACCUGUGACAAUAAAAACAAUUCACCAAAUAAGAGAAGAGCCUCCCCCUGAAGGUAUGUCCCCAUCUGAUUUACCUGGACAAAGGUCUCCCAGACUAAUCCGUGGACCAAGUCCAGUUGCUGAGAACUCUCGAAGAUCUCCAAUUGUGGAAAUCACUUCAGUGACUGACGAACACCCACCUCGCAAAACAAGAACAGAAUCACCAUCCAGAAAUGUUCUUGAGAUGACAUUACGCAAGGUGGAACCGAGACCUCUGAGCCCACUCAUAAAGCGGGUAGGUUAUGUCCAGGAAGUCACACCAGUCCACAUAGAGGAUGAAAGUGUACAUAAAAAAACACCCAUAGAGAUUGCUCUGAGAAAACUGGACAGAAGACCUGAAAGUCCUAUUGUUCAGAGUGAAAUCAGUGAAGUGCAAGAGUGUCCUGUCCAAGCACCACCUCUUAAACCUCCAAGGGUUUCAGUCACCUCCUCUAAAGAAGAGAAGAUGAAGAUAGAUGUUACUCCACUAGCACCAUCACUAAAGAUUACAAUCCCACAGAUUAUUGUUGAAGAAGAGCCAAUGGAGACAGAAACAUCUGUACCUACACACAGUGAUAAAACAAGCAAGAAUGGCACUUCCAAAGAGGAAAAACCUCAGAGAGUGAGAGGAAGGGGACGUAAACAAAGACCAAUGUCUCCUGAAUUAGAAUCUUCUGAUGACUCCUAUGUGUCAGCGGAAGAAGACCCUCUAGAGGCCCCACUGUUUGAGUUUCCUCUUCAGGACACAGUAGCAUCCUCAGGUGCUGAGGUUUUGCUGAAAUGCAUCAUCUCUGGCAAUCCUCUCCCUGAAGUGACGUGGAUGCGUAACAAUGUGGAAAUAAACAACAGUCCCUCACAUGUGGUAAAAGUGGAGGGAGAGCGGCACUCUCUUCUCAUCAAAUUGACAAAGCCAAGCGAUGCUGGCACCUACACUGUAAUAGCUACAAAUGAGGUGGGCAAGGCUUCCUGCAGUGCCACCCUCUUUAUCAAGCCAGAGCCUAGCCAAGACGUACGCGGCAACCUUGGUGUUCCCAUGGACAUCAGUAGCCCCAUCACCUCUGAUGAGGAGUACCUCAGUCCUCUGGAGGAGGCCAUGGAUUUUGUAGGAUCAUCCUAUCAUGGUCCUGAACACCGGAAGAUUGUAGAUGCCCGUUUUAAAGAGCCCCCUGCUUUUCAGGUUACAGUAGGAGAUCAGACAGUAAUAGAGGGACAAGAAGUGGUCAUGUCUGUCCGGAUGACCGGCCAGCCCAAACCAAUGCUUUAUUGGCUGAGGGACAGAGUAACCAUUAAAACAGGUCCUCGACACAUAGUCCGGGAGACAGAGGAUGGUAACUGUGAAAUGACAAUAAAGUCAGCAGUGAAGUCCGAUGCUGGUGUGUACACCUGCAAGAUCAUCAACGAGUAUGGCACCAAACAGUGUGAGGGCAAAUUAGAAGUAAAAGCUGCUCCAGUUGAACCUGGCCUGGCUAUAGUGCGCCAUCUCAGGGAUGUCAUUGUGAAGGCAGGAGAGUCAGUUCUGUUUGAAUGCCAUGUGACUGGACCUCAGGAUGUGGACGUAGACUGGCUAUCAGAUGGCAAGCUUAUCCAGCCAGCGCUUCUGAACUGUAAGAUGCACUUUGAUGGAAAGAGGUGCAAAUUGCUGCUCAACUCAGUGCAUGAGGACGACAGUGGCACAUAUACCUGUAAACUUAGCACAGCUAAAGAGGAACUGACCUCAUGUGCACAGCUGAAGGUCAGUGCCUCUAUUGAGCCACUGUUUACCCGACAGCUGGAUAUGUUGGAGGUGAUUGAGGGUCGAAAUGCACGAUUUGACUGCAAGGUCAGUGGAACGCCACCACCUAGGAUCACAUGGACUCACUUCGACAAUCCACUGGUGGAAAGUGAGGACAUUCACAUCUUGAAGGAAGGCGGUCGGCAUUCGUUGGUUAUCUCCCACGUGAGCAGUGAUGAUGAGGGCUUCUACACAGUGGUAGCAAGGAACGCACAUGGCGAGGCAGAGUGCUCUGCAGAGCUCUACGUACAAGAACCCAGGCCAGCGAUGUCAUCUCAGAUGGCUAAAUUAGAGAAGAUGCCAUCUAUUCCCGAGGAGCCAGAGGUUCUAGAGAGUGAGGUGGAGCGUUUUACCAUGCCAGAUUUUGUGAAGCCACUGUACGACCUGGACGUUGUCGAGGGUAAAGAGGCGGUGCUGAAGUGCAAAGUGGCUGGCCUGCCAUAUCCCACCAUUUCAUGGUUCCACAAUGGCAAGAAGAUUGAAAGCACUGAGGACAGGAAGAUGACACAGUUCAGAGAUAUACACAGUCUUGUCAUUCGCUCAGUCUGCCAUGCCCACGGCGGUGUCUACAAGAGUGUUAUUUCCAACAAGGUUGGCAAGGCAACAUGCUAUGCCCAUCUGUAUGUAACAGACGUUCUUCCUGAUCCUCCAGAUGGAGCACCAGUAAUUGAGUCCAUUACCGGCAAAACUGUCACUCUUACCUGGAAAAAGCCCAAAAGGCUGGACCCAUCAAUUGAUCCCAGCACUCUGAUGUACGCUGUCCAGCAGCAGGCCUUGGGCUCUAUACAAUGGACUAUAAUCGCUUCCAGCUUAAAGCAGACCUCCUACGUUGUCACCUCACUAUCCAAGGGUGUCCGCUAUGCCUUUAGGAUCCUAUCAAUCACAAGCAAAGCUUUUAGCAAACCAUCACCAGCUACAGACCCAGUACAGCUCAUAGACAGAGGUCUAUAUCUCAAGGAGGCCCCAGUCAUUAUUGACAAGCCAGAUAUAGUAUACGUGGUGGAGAAUCAGUCAGUCAGCAUUACGGUCACUCUUAACCACGUCAAUGCAGCUGUGACCUGGAAGAUGAGAGGAGCGACCUUGUCAAACAGAGCUGGGCUGUUUGAGAUGAGCAUGCCUGAUGAUGACCAGCACACACUAAAGCUCUGUAAGGUGAAGAGCAGUGAUGUGGGAACACUUAGCUUCACCGCUAGCAAUCCAUUUGGGACAGAUUCCUGCCUCCUCAUAUUAGAGAUGGCAGUUGCUCCAACUUUUGAGUCUAUUAUGGAGGAUCUGGAUGUAAGUGUUGGUGAGACACCUCGCUUUGCUGUGGUGGUUGAAGGGAAGCCUAUUCCAGAUAUCCUCUGGUACAAGAACGACAUCCUUCUCUCAGAGAGUAGCCAUUUUACCUUUGUGUACGAUGAUAAUGAGUGCUCCCUGGUAGUGCUCAACACUCAGCCACAAGAUUCUGGGGUCUACACCUGCACUGCUAAGAAUCUCGCCGGCUCCGUGUCCUGCAAGGCCGAGCUUACUGUCCAUGCAACUAAACAGGAGAAGGACGACCCGAUGGAGGAUGAGGAGUCUAUCCUGAGGAGGAUGCGACGACUCACUGAUUACUAUGACGUGCACAAAGAGAUUGGGAGAGGAGCCUUCUCGUAUGUAAAGCGGGUGACCCACAAGUCAGGAAAAAGAGAGUAUGCAGCCAAGUUCAUCUCAGCUCGAGCCAAGAGAAAAGCCUCAGCCUUGAGGGAGAUGAACAUCUUGUCUCAACUUGAUCAUGAAAGAAUCGUCUACUUCCAGGAUGCCUUUGAGAAGAAGAACGCGGUCAUCAUUGUUACUGAGAUAUGUCAUGAGGAGCUUUUGGAUAGACUAACGAAGAAAUCAACAGUGAUGGACACAGAGAUUUGCUCCAGUAUUAAACAAGUGUUGGAGGGAAUGAACUAUCUUCAUCAAAAUAAUAUUCUGCAUUUAGACAUUAAGCCUGACAACAUCUUAAUGGCGGACCAUUCAAGCGAUCAGAUCCGGAUUUGUGAUUUUGGAAACGCAGUGAAGUUUACACCUGGCGAAGCACAGUAUUGCAAAUAUGGUACUCCAGAAUUCAUUGCCCCAGAGAUUGUUAACCAGACACCAGUCUCCAAGGCAACUGACAUCUGGUCGGUUGGUGUCUUGACCUAUCUGUGCCUAACUGGCGUGUCUCCAUUUGCGGGAGAAAAUGACCGCACCUCAGUCCUCAACAUCAGGAAUUACAAUGUGGCUUUCGAGGAGAGUAUGUUUGCUGAUCUCUGCCAUGAAGCAAAAGGAUUUGUCAUCAAAUUACUUGUGGCUGACAGGCUGAGGCCUGAUGCCUCUGAGUGUCUUCGUCAUCCAUGGUUCAAGGUACAAAAUAAGGGAAAGAACAUCAGCACAGAGUCCCUAAAAAAAUUCUUGUUGAGAAGAAAAUGGCAGAGGUCUCUUAUUAGCUACAAGUCCAAAAUGGUCAUGAGGUCAAUCCCUGCAUUGAUGGAUGACUCUUCAAGCCAUAUUUCCAUAGCUGUUCCACGACAUUUAAAAGAAGGCUCACCACCACCAUCUUCUUCGUCGGACUCUGAUGAAGAUAUUGAUGAACUGCCAUUUAUUCCAAUGCCAAUGAAUAUGGAGUUCUCAGGCUCAAGAAUGUCACUGAAUGAGAUUAUUGGGGAUGAUGAAAUAGUCAAGACGAAUAGCAAACUUCAAAGGUCAGGACCAACUGCUGAAAAGCCAGAGCCCAUGGAGUGUGAGCAAUUAGAUGUAGCUGGUGAUGCUGAUGUGCGAGGCCGACCAAGAAAAAGGACAACACUUGAAGAUGAAAAUGGGUCCUCUAAUGAAGAAUCAGGUGGGGUGUCAAAGAGGUCAGAGCAGGCAAAAAUACCCCUUAAAAGAGGUUCAAGUAUGGAGUCUGACAUACCUGAAGGAUCUCACCGUAGGGGUGAACUGCGUAGAGGGAGCUCAGCAGAUAGUGCCCUACAACUUCAUAUCAAGCCAGAAGAGGGUGCUGAGGAGAGUCCUAUAGAAGGUAGAAGAAUCCUUAAAAAGUCUGUGUCUAUGGAAUUGCCAAGAAGGAGCCCAAGCCCAGGAGCAGCCCAGAUGAGCCAGGAGGAUUAUGCCUUGAAACUGGAGCUGAUGAGACAAAGGCUUCUUAGAGGAGGCUCUGUGGACAACAAAAUGAGUGGCCUUCGCGGCCCACUGCUGGAGACCUUAGGCAUGGGUGAUGAAAAGUGUUUUAUAAGAGGACCUCGUCUAGGUAACCCUCCAUUAGUUCGGGCAGCGUCCAGUGACUCUCCUCGAGAUGACAUUCCAAAGACCAAAGUGUUCCGCAAGAGUGCUUCCUUCAGCCAGGGUGAUGCUGAGCCUAUGCCCCUACACCGAAGAAUUGGGGCACCUUUAGAGAUUCCUGUAGCCCAGGUUGAAGAACGUCGCCUGCAGGAAGCUGUGUCUAUGUCUGUUCUUGCUGAGCCAGUCAAGCCAGAUUCAAGCCCCAUUACCCCAAAAUCACUUACUCCUGAACCAAAGAAACACGAGAUAAAUAUAAAGGUAGAAGACAAAGAACCAUCACCUGUCAAGGAGCUUAUGCAUGAGGAAAUUUCUAUUGAGCAAACAGACAUUGCUUCUAAAGUAAAAGGUAAUGAUAAAAAGUCCAGUGAUGAUGUAGUCCAAAAGAAAGAUUUGAGCAUGUUACAGGAAACUGUCCAAGAACCAAAGAAAGUCCCGCAAAGUAGGUCAACACCUGUUAUGGUGCCAAGAGUAAUAGUAGAAAAAAUUGAGGAAGAGGAGGAAGGAGAGGAGAAUGAACUAACAGAAUCUGUAAUAGAACAGGAGCUUUCUGUUGAUAAGAUGGAGGAUGAAGAAAUUGAAGAAGUAGUAUCACUGGUUAAAACCUCUGAGAUAAUUACACCCACUAGUACCACUGAGGUUGCUUCAGUUGGGGCCCCUCAGAGUGCUGUCUCAACAUAUAUGACCCCCAGUCCCCCUGUCCUAACUGUACUGCCAGAUGGCAGGACCUCUGCAUAUGCAAGUAUCAUGCAGGCCAUUAUAGUUCCAUCACUGCAACCAAGCCAAACCACAACUAUCCCUGCAUCUACAAUUAUAUCUACAACACCAACUUACUCAACUGGACCUGGUGCUACAACCAUGGUCAGACAUAUUUCAGAGCCAACUCUUUUGUCAGCAAUAUCAUCGAAGUCAGAUACUCAGCAAACCACUGAACAUCCCGCAGUUUUCUCUCAAGUUGCUUCAGUAGAACAAUCAGCAAAGGAACCAAGUCCACCCAAGACUCCCACACAAGUUACCCCAGAAUCCUCUUCCAAAGGUCAAUUCAAGGAUCUUGCCUCUGAAGAGGUCUUUGAGGCUCGGUUUAAGAAACGUGAGUCGUCUCUAACUCGUGGGCUGAAACUACUUUCAAGGCAAAAGAACGAAGAAAAAUCCCCAGUUGCUCCUGAGGUUACAGAAGAGAUGUAUCGUCCAGGUCCAGUUGGUGCUCCUUUAGAGUUUGUACACAGAAACCUGGAGAAAUCCAAAUCUGUUCAAGACCUCCGUGAAGCACAAAAAGAUCCAGGUUUCAUGAGAAGACUGUCCAUGCGUCUGAAGAGGUCCCCUUCAGUUGAGCGGAAUGAUGAAAAGCACAAAGAAGAAGAUAUCAGUGUCCCUAGGCGUCGUUUAUCUUGGGCAUUGGGUAGGAGAGGGUCACAGGACAAAAAAGAAGUGGAGAUGAUGAGACUGGAUGGAGGACCAGAAGCACCUCCAGAGCCAGAGACCAAAAAACCAAAUGAGUCUCCUGUGCUAGCCAUGCGCAGAAAGAUCAGCAACACAGUGGCUGGCAUCUCGAUGAAGAUCAGGAGCCAUUCUGAGGAAAGGAAAGAUGAAAAAGAGGAGAAGACAGAAACAAAGAAGACUCCUUUGCUGUCUAUACUGCGCCGUUCUACCUCAGAAGGAGCCAGUCUGAAGAGGAUGGGCAUCCCACAGAAUCAGUUAGCUUCCCAGGCUGGCAACGGGGCUUCCUCUGAGUCUUUGGAUUCCAUGUCCAGCAUUCAGUCGGAGUCAGCCGUCAAAAGUGUAGAGACUGAGCGGAGGUCACGGUGGGAUAGAUGGGGCCUAACCAGAGGGAGAAAAGAUAAGACCAUAUCCCAGCCUGACAUACCCACUGCUUUAGCCAGAGAGAACGGCUCACUUCGCUCUCGUCAGUACGCCCGGACAGCCUCAGACUUCCCUCCAGUAUUCCAUAUCAAACUGAGGGACCAUGUUCUGCUUGAGGGAGAUCCAGUCACUCUCAGCUGCUUGCCUGCUGGCAGUCCUCAUCCACGCAUCACAUGGAUGAAAGAUAAAAAGAUACUGGAAAUUGACCCAAGAAUGAAUGUCAUCUCUUGCCCUGAUGGGAGACAGCUGCUGAUGAUUAUGAAGACCACCAAGAAAGACGCAGGCCUUUAUGAAUGUGUGGCCACAAAUGCAUUAGCCUCUGUCAGCAGCUCCUGUAAACUAUCUCUAGCCCGUCUGCCAAACCAGCCUGGUACGCCAGAGGUUCCUCAAAAGUAUCAAAACACAGCAUUGGUGGUGUGGCGUCCAUCAGACACCGUGGCCCCUUGUACUUAUUGUCUGGAGCGGAAGACAGAAGGUGAAAGUAACUGGCUGAUUGUAGCCACUGGAGUGGCCGACUGUUACUACAAUGUCAAAGACCUUCCGUCUGGCGCCACCUACAGGUUCAGAGUGGCUUGUGUGAAUAAAGCUGGCCAGGGACCAUACAGUAAUCUGUCAGAGAAAGUCACUCUAGAUGCUGCAGCACCUCCAAAAUCCACAGGAACAGUCAUCGUCAAAACUCUUCCAUCAUCUGCAGGUCCUGCCGUGGUGACCUCUACUAUGACUGUACCUCCUAUAAAGCUUGCUGGGAGUAAACCUGUCCCCACUUCUUCUACAACUCCAGUACAGUCUUCUGCUGCACAACCUGCCAAACCUGCUGCACAACCUGCCAAACCUGCUGCACCUUCUGCCAAACCUGCUGCACCUUCUGAGAAACCUGCUACACGUUCUGACAAAUCUGCUGCACCUUCUGAGAAACCUGCUACACGUUCUGACAAAUCUGCUGCACCUUCUGCCAAACCACCCCCAACAACUCUAUCUCCUGCUAAAACACCCAUGUCAGCCUCCACAAAUCAUAAUGUACCCAAGGUUCCUCAGCCUUCUAGCCCUAGUACAUCUGCUUCCAGCACACCUGCCCCCAGCAUGCCCACCCUGACCAAAGCCAAAACUACCCUUAAUAUCACAGUGUCCAAACCUGCAACUACUCCAUCUACAUCCAAACUUUCUCCUCCUGUUGUUCUCCCUAAACCCCAGACUCCUAUCAAUGUGGUUUCACCCAUGGCAAUAACCCCUCCAGUGUCCCCACCCCCAUUAGUUUCUCCUCCAUCCAACCUUGGUAAACCCAUUUCCUCAGUACCCAUGUAUGUCCCUGCAAGUACAACAGCACCUGUGACUUCAGUCACCCCUAAAACUCCCUCUCCCGCCCUGCCUCCACCUGUGGUGCUGGUUACGAGUCUCACCCCUGUUGGAGAAGGCAGUGCUACUCCAAGCAGGGUGACCCCUAGUGGGAGGGUCACUCCAUCAGGACGUGUUACUCCGACAGGGCGGAGAACUCCAUUGGGCAAGACAGGAGAGUCUGCCUUACGUCAGGGUGUGCCUCAGAAGCCCUAUACCUUCAUGGAUGAGAAGCCAGGCCGUUUUGGCGUCAUCCGAGAGUGCAGAGAAAACGCUACAGGAAACCUCUUUAUGGCUAAAAUUGUUCCAUAUGAGCCUGAGAGCAAGCAGAGUGUUCUGCAGGAGUAUGAAAUCCUCAAGGCCUUGCAUCAUGACAAGAUUAUGUCUCUCCACGAGGCCUAUGUCACACCACGCUACCUCGUGCUCAUCUCCGAGUGCUGCACUGGCAAAGAGCUUCUCCACAGCCUGAUUGAUAGGUUCCGUUAUUCUGAAGACGACGUGGUGUCCUAUAUUGUGCAAAUCCUGCAGGGUCUGGACUACCUGCACAGCAGACGAAUUCUGCACUUAGACAUAAAGCCUGAAAACAUUAUAGCCACCUACAUGAACACGAUCAAGAUCAUUGAUUUCGGCAGUGCUCAGACGUUCAACCCACUCUUUCUGAAGCAGUUCAGCCCCCCUGUAGGAACGCUGGAGUAUAUGUCUCCCGAGAUGAUAAAAGGAGACAUUGUGGGUCCUCCAGCUGACAUCUGGAGUGUUGGUGUGCUGACAUAUAUCAUGCUCAGUGGACGGUUACCAUUCACGGAGAGUACUCCAACAGAGACAGAGGCCAGAAUCCAGGCAGCCAAGUUUGACCUCAGCAAGCUGUACCAAAACGUAUCCCAAAGUGCCUCUCUGUUCCUUAAGAAGAUCCUGUGCAGCUACCCUUGGGCACGUCCCUCCAUCAAAGACUGCUUCAACAACUCGUGGUUGCAGGACGCCUAUCUGAUGCGGCUGCGACGGCAGACACUCACCUUCACCACCACGCGUCUCAAAGAGUUUGUGAACCAGCAGCAGCAGAUCAGGGCUCAUGUGGCUACCAAGCACAAAGUGCUGCUGCGCUCCUACUCUGCCCAAACCCCCACCACACCAACCACACCUACCACACCCACCACUAUAUUCUCCACACCCUCCACUCCCUCCAUUUCCUCCACUCCUGUCACUCAAUGAGCUUGGCUUGUUUUUGAUGGAACAAUGUUACCCAAGGGAAGGGGCUCUCAGAACAAGAGGACGGAGAGGCAUGGGCCGGUGAUGGACUAUGACCAUGCUGAGACCUGGCUGGCUGGAUCACAAAAGUGUGUGAACACAUCAGGCCCAGCCUCAGUAACACUAUUCAGAAACAGGAUCGAACACCACCACUAUCUGAUCUGAGAUAAGUAACUCAAGCACAUCCAGUACAGACUAAUACUAGCACACAUCGUAGAUUCAAACACAUUAAGCUCUAUCAGCUAUGGCCAGCAUGCUCAGUGCUGUUGUGUUCAUUGUCCUGCACCUAGCCCUGCCCACAAACAACCAUCCCACACCUACGUGUUACCUUGCUUUUUCUGACUAAGAAAACAUGAACAUAUACCACAUCCUUUGAUAAACCAGUUGUAAAUGUAGACUUUUGUGGUGUUUCAAUAUAAUAAUUCGGGGGCCUUGACAUUCGUGGAGAAAAAUAUAAUAAUAAAAAAAAAUGUAUAUCAAAAUUCUGUGCUAGUUUUUAUGAGAUUGAUAAUUUUCUUACAGGUAGUUGUUAUAUUGUAUUUACCACGAUAUAUGUAAAAUAGACUUAAAAGACAAUUCCAAUGUCUUUCAUAAAAAAUUGUAAAAAAAAGAAAGGAAAGACUGAAAGGCUGAAAACAUGUCUGUAUAUUUUAUAGUGUUUUAAAACAAUAUGGCUGUUUCUAAGUGUGAUACAAGUUGUGGCACAAAAAAUAUAAUGAAAAGAAAUAUCCCUGCCAUAGGCUUUCACAAUGUAUAAAAUGAACCCAGUAACAAUUACAAUUUGACAUAAAAUCAUUUUUUUGCACAAUUCAUUUGAAAGCUAGUAUAGUGGCUGUAUCUGCUUCAGUUAUCUAAGACAUGAUUACUUCAGUAACAAUAGCAAUUACCAUAAUACCGAAAUCAAUUUCUUAUUUAAUAAAGAAUGGCACAUUCUGUUCAUGUAUAAUCACAUUUCAGAUUGUGGAAUAUCUGCAAAACCAGCCUCACCAUUUUCAUUCACUCUGUUGAAAUGAAUAAUGUGAUAAUAAGGAUAUAAGGAAAUGUUACCAAGUGUAAAAUCGUGACAUCUUGCCGUUACAAAUACUGAUACUGGAGACUCAUUCCAAAACAUCACCUACUUCAUUUUCAACUCGGUUUAUAUAUAGCAUUUCUCAGUCCAUAAGUAUGUUGUUACUGCAAAAAUGCCACUUUUCUGGCAAAACCUUUCUUAAAGAAAAUAUUCUUAUAGAAAAUGAAUCAACACUACCACCUGACCAAUCAGAUUUAAGCAUUUAACAUUGUUGUGGUGUAAGAUUACAUAUAGACAUUUUGUCCUUGCAUUAGCUGUAUAUUGAUGUUUCCGCUUUCAUUUUAGACCUUGUGGAAAUCUAUAAGCGUGUCCUAAAUUAUUUUAAAUCGGAGUAGUGUGUGUGUGUGUGUGUGUGUGUGUGUGUGUGUGUGUGCGUGUGUGUGUGUGUGUGUGUGUGUGUGUGUGUGUUUGUGUGUGUGUGUGUUUUUCUUCUCUUUUUUUUGAAAAACAUUGGAAUUUUCUUUGUCCGCAGUCCUCAGUUUUCUCAGUCAGUAAUUUACUGUAGUGCCACUUGAUGUUCUACAACAAAUACAGGCUUUUCUCUUCUUGAUUUGGGUCUUGAGCAGACUGUGACGUCAAAAAAUUUUUUUUUUUUUCUUUAAGGAAAAAAUAAUGUUAGAACUGUUUGCAAAAAAAUAAUAAAAAAUCCCAGGAUUUGAAAGUCAUCUAUUUAUUUAUUUAUUUAUUUUUAAUGUAUUGGAAGAUGCCUUUGCAGUUGAAGUCUAGAACGUAAAACACAUCACAGACAUUUUUGUGUAUUGGCCAUUGUUUUGUUUUUUUGUAACGCAUUUUUUUCCGAUCUGUACAAUGGUGGAGUGCAAGCAUGUGAUCAAUUGAAAUAUUUCUUUCAUAGUAUAAAUAUAAUAAAAAAUUCACUACCUGUGGCAGCAAUAAGAGGUAUUGUGGCAUUAUUCUUCAAAAAUGUUUCCUUUAUGUGAUUUGAGGUUCAUUUAAUCAAUAAUUGUUUUUUUUUCUAUCAAGAAUGAAGCUGCUAUAUAAUUCAUGGAUAAACAUUAAAUAAGCCAAACAAACCAAGUCAUUUAACCAAACAAAGUAUGACAGAAUAGGACAUUGGAAGUGUAAAAUCUAUAACUUUUGAAUAUCUUUAGCAUGCUGUCCAUUUAUAUUGUUGGAAAAUGGUCGCAUUUUUCUAGUCAUAACAUAAAAGAUUUUAUUGAGAAAAAAAAUAUAGAAAUAUAGAAUUUUGUUCAGGUAAAACAGUGGCUGUUACACUAAAUGAUAAAUUUGGAAAAUUUCUUAAUGUAAAAUAGGAUUAUUUCUCAAGACAUUAUGUUGUGAAAUGUUUGUGAAAUGCUUCUCUUCAACAUUUGUCAGAUUUCUGAAUAUACAUUUUAAUUUAUUUUCCACAUUAAUAUUGGGCUUUAAUUAUGUUUUGUAUUGUGUUUUUAAUGUACCUAAAUGAGGCAGCUUACAAAAAGCAGCAAAAUGUUAAGAUUAUAUUAGAUUAUGGAUUAUUAGGAUUUUUUCAUUUUAAACCUUGAUUUACAGAUUUUUUUAGAAAUGAAGGGUACGCCAUCUUACAAUGGCACCAACACGGCUAAUUUGAGGAGUUAUUUUAUUAAUGCUUAUUUUAUUAAUGCAGAUUUGACCUGAAUAUGUAUGAUUGUGUGUGAUAUCAAAAACGGUGAAAGAUAAUUAAAGAAAUUAUUCAUUAACAUAAUCAAAAACACGCUGAUGUGUAAUUUAGAAACUCGAAAGCUGAAAAUAAAAAAAAGAAUGUUUCAUGUGAGUGUAUCUAUUAAACAUCCAUCUUACAGAAACAAUAUUUUAAAUUAGACACAACCUUUUUUUUCCACCAAAUGUUUCCUUGUUAUACUAGUGAGUAAUGCAAAUGUUAUUACAGUGCUGUUUUCACAGCAGCACUAGUUUUAGACUAUUUCACAUGAUGGAACAAGUACUUGCAAGCUGUGCUGCCAUCUUUUAUAUUUUUUUAAGGGAAUAAAAGAUCUCUGGUUUAGAUUGUUUGGGUACAAAAAGUAAAUCCUGGAUGUUGUUACAUGUUGCAGUGAGUAGUUUUGCUGAUUUUUGCACUUCAGAACUGUGUUGGCGUAUUUGCAUUUGCAUAAAAUACUCAACUUUAGUCACAAAGGCCCACAAAUUUCUGGUCAAAUUGUUCAUUUUUUCUACCUUUUAUUUUCAUCUUUUGUAGUUGAAAUUCUAUUAAAAGAAUGGUGAUUAGAAAUCUUCUUCCUGUUCAUUAAGUUUUGAAUCCAACACACAAUGAAGCAAAAAUGGCUCUCUGGCUACAAGAAAAAAGCUGUUUGUUGUUAUUAGUUGGUGGUUUGAAUGUAUUUUUUUUCUUUUUAUUACACAUAGAAACCCUUUAAUGUGAAACUAAACCAGAAUUUGGAAUGCAUUGCACUAUAAACACUGACAAACCUGAACAUUGUCUGAAUGCUUUACAGGUUGUAUCGAGAAAAAAAAAGUGUACAUGUGAAAAUGCAACAUUUGCUGAAAUAAAGUCAGAAAUAAAGAGUA